AUGUAUGGGCAGUUUCUCAAUGCCACCAGCGUGACUGACCCUCACCUCCUCAUGCAGACCAACACGCCCUACGUCGGGAGCACCCAGAGACCCGUCAGCUCGUCGGCUCUUUACAUGUCGACCGCCCGGGCGUUAAAAGAAGGCGAGAUCAAUAAGCCGGAUCUGGUGACUUACAUCGUCCUGUUCUUCUUCUUGCUCCUGGCGGUGACCAUCAUUGUACUUUUCAUUAACUGCCAGCUGAAGAAUUCUUUUUUCGCCUCUCUACCUUACGACAGGUCGCUGAGAGAAGCGAGGAGCCCGUGGAAAACGCAAGCUGUUUAA